UCCUCGCACACGCGCUCAGCUCUCCCUACAGCAGCACGCGCACAUACCCCUCCGUCUCUGUUGUCCUCGCGCAGCGCAGCAGCAGGGCAGCAGCGCGUGCUCCGCGAUACGGGCUGCGACAUUGACACGAUCGAAUCCUUGGCACACCGUUCUGUCUCGAUAUGUAAUGUAUUUACGACUGUUUUUACUCUGAAAGAGGUAAAGGCCAUUUGACCAUUCAUUCUUCGCGUUUCCUUUCAACUGUGCUGCCGAUCUAACCUCCAGCAGUAUUUCCUAAAGGAAGUAAAUUAUAUUUAGGCAGAUCUAGACUCGGUACCGCGGGAUGAUGUCCUCGAUGGCUCGAUGGGGAAUCUGCUGGCUUUUCUUGGGGCUGUGGAGGACCGCGGCCACUUGUCCCGCAUCCUGCGCUUGCAGCGCCUCCGCUAUCUCCUGCGCGGAUCAGGAUUCGGGGCUCGCUGCUUUCCCCGUUUUGCAGACCGAAAUCGACAUGGAAAGCGUUGAGGAAAUAUAUAUCACCAAUCAAAGUAGAUUCAAUACCAUCAGUGAUGAUGACAUGAAGUUUUAUUCAAAUCUCAGGAAUCUAACUGUAACACAUACUCAGCUGAUGUCUGUGUCCCCGGAUGCCUUUCUCUAUAAUACUAAGCUGCAGUAUGUGAAUUUAAAGAACAACAACUUGCCAUCAGUGUCUUGGAGGACCUUUCGGAAUUUAAACAUAUCACAUCUGUUUCUGAUGGGGAACCCGCUGCUGUGCUCCUGUGAGAACAUGUGGAUCACUUUCUGGCGGGGGGUGGACUCUGACUUCCAAGCACUGGACUGUGUGGAGGAGAGGGGAGGGACUAAACGCCUCUACCAAUCUGCUCCUCCUGGUUGUGCCUCCCCAACAGCAACAGUCAGUCCCUCUACCAUCACAGAGAUGGCAGGAAGUGAUGUCACAGUGACAUGCACUGCCGCUGGAGCUCCGACACCCAAGGUUGUGUGGAAUACUAGCACUCUGAUCACCGCUUAUGAGGAGGACCAAUCAGAACUGCAGGCCAGGCUCAUCCUGACUAACCUGUCUCGCUAUGACAACGGCCGGGAGAUCAGCUGCAGUGCAGAGAACAUUGUGGGCCAGUCUGAGGCCAUAGCUCUUCUCAAUAUCCUGUUCCCCCCCACUAUCCUGCAGCUGAUGACACCAGUGCUGGACCAUCACUGGUGCAUCCCCUUCAGCGUGGCAGGAAACCCCAAACCCGAACUGCAGUGGUUCCAUGAGGGACAGAUCCUUCCAGAACAAAUCUAUAUCACCACCAAGAUCCACGACUGGACAGACAGCGAGUACCACGGCUGCCUGCAGCUGGAGAUCCCCACACACAUCAACAACGGUCAGUACACCCUGCUGGCCAAGAACCCGCUGGGACAGGACACGAGGACGGUGUCUGCACACUUCAUGGGCACACCAGAUGAUGGAGAGGAGGUGGUAACUCCACCCCCUGAACCAGAAGACAGUGUAUCAGUGUAUGUGGUGGUUGGAAUAGCCGCUGUGGCUUUCACAGGCUUUGUACUGAUGUUGAUAAUUCUAAAAUUUGGAAGAAAUUCAAAGUUUGGAAUGAAAGGCUCUUCCUCUGUCAUCAGUAACGAUGAUGACUCUGCCAGUCCACUUCAUCAUGUUUCCAAUGGCAACAACACCCCGUCGUCCUCGGAGAUGGGCACUGAUGCUGUCAUCAUUGGAAUGACAAAAAUUCCAGUGAUCGAGAACCCACAGUACUUCCGCAGCUCCGGCACCCUGCUGAAAACACACUCCUUUGUCCAGCACAUUAAGAGACACAACAUUGUGCUGAAGAGGGAGCUGGGGGAGGGGGCUUUUGGCAAGGUCUUCCUGGCUGAGUGCCAUAACCUGUCCCCUGACCAGGAGAAGAUCCUGGUGGCUGUCAAGACGCUGAAGGAGGCCAGUGAGAAUGGACGGACAGACUUUCAGAGGGAGGCGGAGCUCUUGACCAACCUCCAGCAUGAACACAUUGUCACCUUCUAUGGUGUGUGUGUGGAGGGAGACCCGCUCAUCAUGGUGUUUGAGUACAUGAAGCAUGGAGACCUCAACAAGUUCCUCAGGUCACAUGGUCCGGACGCAGCUCUGAUGGACGGGCAGCACAGUGCACAGGUGGAGCUGACGCAGGCGCAGAUGCUGCAUAUUGCGCAGCAGAUCGCUGCAGGGAUGGUGUACCUGGCCUCCCAGCACUUCGUGCACCGCGACCUGGCUACGCGUAACUGCCUGGUGGGGGAGAACCUGCUGGUGAAGAUUGGAGACUUCGGCAUGUCACGUGAUGUCUACAGCACUGACUACUACAGGGUUGGAGGUCACACCAUGCUGCCCAUUCGCUGGAUGCCGCCUGAGAGCAUCAUGUACAGGAAAUUCACCACAGAGAGUGACGUGUGGAGUCUGGGCGUGGUUCUCUGGGAGAUAUUCACCUACGGCAAGCAGCCCUGGUACCAGCUCUCCAACAAUGAGGUGAUCGAGUGCAUCACGCAGGGGCGGGUGCUGCAGCGGCCCCGUACCUGUCCCAAGGAGGUGUAUGAUCUGAUGCUGGGCUGCUGGCAGAGGGAGCCACACAUGCGGCUCAACAUCAAAGAGAUACACAACCUCCUGCAGAACCUGGCCAAAGCCUCCCCUGUCUACCUGGACAUACUGGGCUGACGAAUUUAUGUUAGAACAUGUGUGAGUGGAUGUGUGAGACAGAAAGUGAGUAAGAGUGUGUCUGUGUCUAUUUGUGAGUUAGAA